UUGGUGCGACGAGACAUCCUGUUUGCAGAACCGGGAUUUGUGGGGGAGGCUUCAAGAAAGUAGCUCAUGGCCAAGUGAACAGCAGCACAACCACGUACAUGUCAGAAGCCCGAGUGGUCUGUGAGCGAGGUUACCUGCCCCGGCACCCUGUACUGACGUGCACGGCUUCAGGACAAUGGGACAAACCCGCACUGUGCGACCCAGUAGCCUGCAGCAUACCUGAGGACCCCCCGCACGGCUCGUACCUGUGCCAAGGUCACGUGUUCUCGGACCGCUGUGACGUCAGCUGUGACUUGGGGUACGUACCGGAAACAGACUACACCCUGGGCUGCAGCUGGACCGGAAACUGGACCGCCUUUCGCAGCGGGAACACGACGGAAAUGGAAAAUGCUGUAUCAGCAGACGUCGUCAUCCCACAGACUCUGGCUUGUAUCAUUGCUGACUGUGGGAUCAUUUCGACGCCCGCACACGGUGACGUCAACUGUACAGGUACGACGUACGGUGAGACGUGCCAUCUCGCCUGUCAUGACGGUUACGAACGGCUGAGCCGAGACAACCUCACCUGUCAGGUUCACGGAGACAGAGCCACCUGGAGUGGGGAACCAGAGUGUAUUCCAGUGAGUUGUGGAGCCCCUCCCGAGUUCCCCCACACCGCCCUCCAGUGCGCCAGCGGACGUACCUACGGGAACACCUGCGGAGUCACCUGUGCGGACGGGUACGAAGGAACGAACCACCAGAGUGUCACCUGUCACAGUACCGGCAACUGGAGCCUACAGGCGGAAGCGCUCCAGCCAAUUGUUGGUGGACCGGAUCUGUUCUGUCAGAGGAAGGACUGUGCCAAUCUCUCUCCCCCUGCCCACGGCAGCCUGACGUGCAGCGGGACAAAGUACCAGGACUCCUGCCGCCUGACGUGUGAGCCGGGAUACAAAGUUGCCGACGAGAGCGGCCAUCUUCUCCACGGUCUCUUCAACUUCAGGUGCACGGCAAAUGGACAAUGGAACAAAAAGCCAAGCUGCGUCCCAUCAGACUACUGCCAGCUCGGGCUGCACGACUGCCACCCUGAGCACGGGGUCUGCAGCCUGACGGGUCACCAGGCCUUCAGCUGCCGCUGCCGGGUCGGGACGGUCGGGAACGGGACGCACUGUGAACGGACCCUCUGUCCGCCUUUCCCGGUCACUGAACCGGAGAAUGGGUUCUUCUCGUGUUCUAUCCCGACAUCCGGCUCCGCAGCCGACACCUGCCAAUCAGCUGACAGCACACAGCCGGAGUACGAAGUCGUCUGCGUGCUCCACUGUAACCAUGGUUACGACAGGCUGAUCUAUGCCGAGUACUCCUGUGGACACGAUGGGAACUGGGACAUUCCUUUCGACCCGAAGAGCCCAGGAACCACACCCUGUUUAGCUGUGAAAUGCCCGGACCUGUCCAGCCCUCAGCACGGCAGAAUGACCUGCAAUAGAGGCUACAAUUUCCGCUAUCCCGAGGCCUGCAGCUUCGCCUGCGACCAAGGCUACGAGCUGACUCCCACAAGCAGCCGCGAAAGACAUUGUCAAACUGACGCAACCUGGUCAGGAAACAAUGCCGAAUGCAUUGCUGUGCAGUGCCCGACCCUGUACAGCCCCGCCAAUGGAAGAAUGUCCUGUAACCGCGGAUACUCCUUCCGCUAUCCCGAGACCUGCACCUUCAGCUGUAACCAUGGUUACCAGCUGUCAGCCGGCAGUACCAGUCGGACCUGCCAGGCGGAUCGCACGUGGUCGGGCAGCGCCGCCAGAUGUACCCGUUGCCCAGCCGGGUACGUUUACUACCAGCCUAAACAACUGUGCUACAAGGCCUUCAAUCAGCACAGUAACUACGCAAGUGCAGCCGCGACUUGUUCUUCUGAAGGCGGAACUCUCGCCAUACCCCGUGAUGCGGGCAUUGACGCUUUCCUAAUCAACCUGAAGAACGCUGUGGAUAACAGCGCCGGGUUCUGGUUCGGACUGACUGAUCGCGCCCGAGAAGGUAGCUGGGUUUGGGCAGAUGGUGUUGCUCUUGGACAUUUUAACCAGUGGAGUCCAGGAGAACCCAACAACGCGUACGGCAAUGAGGACUGUGCGUAUUAUUGGACAGAAAGAGGGAACAGGUGGAACGAUGCGCCGUGUUCUGAAACCUCUCCGAAGUUCAUUUGUCAAGUCGCAAGUUGAAGCGCCGUGCGUUUUUAUGACAACCGUUGUCUCAUGUCCAGGUCCCCUACAGAAAAAUGGACCAAUUAAUACACACAUUUGUAAAAUGGUUUGGUUUUUUUACGUUUGAACCUUUGUUUAUUCAUGAUACUCAAAUCGACCUGGAAACCGCUUUUCAUUGAGGUCAUGUUUUAUUUCUUUAUUUUUUUAUUUGGGUUUUUAACAUAGUGAAAGGGAGGAAAUAACAGGUGCAAAAUUGCACUUUUGAGGGCUGCCCUCCCGUUUUCUUUCAUUUUGUUCUAUUACGUGUUGUUUUAAAGAAAAUACGGCACAAAAUACGUAAGAGUGAGAGCUGACACAUGAUUCGAGUCCGUACUUAAAGGAAGCCAGAGCUGUGCGUAUAUCUGUUCCAAGUACUGAGUCCAUUUUGGACUAUGGCUCUUCUGAAUGUCUUUCGCCGGGGCUUUGGGACAACCAAGUGAUUGCUUGUGCUUUAUCUGGUUGUUCUUGUACUUUGGUCUCAGCAGUAGACAGUUCUUUACGGUUCUGUAGACGAGUACGGCAUUGUAGUAUUUGUGUGUUGUCUUAAUGUUAAAUGUAAUUUUUGCCGUAAAUGUUAAGCAUGAUAUUAAGCAUUUAAGUAUUGUCAUCUCA